UCUCUUAUAUAUAAACUCCCCCCAAGCCCGAUCUUCCACUUGCCCAUUCACCAAGUCCAAGCUCAAGCCUUUUCAGUUCCAAAAAUAUACGAUAGCCGCAUUAAACUCCACGAAUCUGGAAAAUGGGUAUUUGUAGCUCUUGCGAUUCGACGCAUGCAGCCACGGCCAAGCUGAUUCUCCAAGACGGGAGAUUACAAGAGUUCCCUUACCCUGUCAAGGUGUCUUGCGUUCUACAGACAAACCCUGCGUGUUUCAUCUGCAACUCCGAUGAAAUGGACUUCGACGACGUCGUGUCCGCCAUCGAAGAAGACGAGGAGCUUCAGCCCGGUCAACUUUACUUUGCCUUGCCUUUGAGUUGUCUUAAACAUCGCUUGCAGGCUGAAGAAAUGGCUGCAUUGGCUGUUAAAGCUAGCUCCGCUUUGAUGAAAAGUAAUAACCGUCGUGAAAAAUGUGGGUGCAGAUGUAAAUCCGUUACCCCUUCUCCGGUUUCAGAGGAGUCUCGUCGUCGGAAAGUUGCCUCCGCAGGCAGUACCGGCGGUGGUGGGAAGAGAGGGAGGAGAAAGUUUAAGGCUAUGUUGAGUGCUAUUCCCGAAUAGGGCGGGGUUUAUUUGGGGAAAACAUGAUCGAUAUUUUUGUAAAUAAGCAAUGAAGUUGAGGAGCUGUUAGUUUAAUCGUCGGUAGAGAUGGAGGUGAUUGACCGUCAUGGUCAGUGGCGGACCAGAAAUUAAAAAUCGAGGGUAUAAAAUUAUAAUAUUUAAAAAAUAAUAAUGA